AUGAGUUAUAAGUUAUUUCUUCUGCUCAAUUGUGUUUUUCAAAUUCAAAGGUCCGUUGCAGACGACGGAUAUUGCCAAAAUGCGCUUUUUGGAUUCUCGAAUUCCUCAAAGUGGUGCAAUGUGGAGUUGGAGCAACUGGUUGAUUCGGACUACAAGCCUAUAGUGAGGCCUCUCUGUAUGGAGAAGAAAUUAGCGAAUGAGGUCUUCAAUGUCACCUGUUCGAAAUCAGUGGUGAACUUCGCGUCAUUUCAAGCCCUCUAUUUCGUCACGGGAUGUGUUAUUUGCAUUUUACUCCUUGUGGCUCUCUGGGUUCUCAUUCGCAAGUCUGCGAGCCGCAAACAGCCUUACGAUGCCGUAAAUGCCGCUUAA